AUGCAGUUCUACCACGGCACCUCGCUGGAGGCAAUUGUGGCAAUCCAGGAGUCGGGCUUCCGCGUGGAUCUGUCCGGCUCUAAUGCCGGCGCCGCCCUCGGGCCAGGAGUCUAUGUUACCACGACACUACUGAAGGCCCUGAACUACGCUGAGGGCACGGCCGGCAAGCCAAACCCGGCGGCUGGAGGUGUGCUGGUGCUGGAGGUCGCCCUUGGACGCUGCUACCGCGUGCGUUCGAACAGCCAGGGAGAGCGCACCAGCUGGGCAGCUCGGGGCUACGACUCAGCCUGGGCCGCAGAGGGUGUCAUUGGCAUCCGUGAGGAGCACUGCGUGAGGGACCCUGCGCGUAUCCGCAUCACCAACGUGGUCCUGGGCAACACACGAGCUGCACAGGAUUCCGGCUAUCAGGUUUGCAACGGGCGCCUUCGCAACGUCACGAGGGAGAAGGCGGUGAAGGAGGCUCAGCGCAAGCGCGAUGUGGGCCGGCUGAUCGAGCUCGGAGCCGAAAGGCAGCGGGCAAUCGAGUUGCUUGACCGUUACGGCUCGUUGCAGGCGGCUGCGAACGCGUUGCAUAGCCUCGAGAGUGCCAGCAGCCAAUCCGAGGCAGUUUGUGACGCGCAUUGCGUCAGAAGCGUGCACGCGCUGGAAGGACACCUCCCUACUGGCCGCACGAUCAGGUCGUCACUGAAUGCUGGAUACUAA